AUGGCCCUUUACGGUUCACCCAUCUGGGUAGAUGCUCUCACCGCUCAACUCAAGCCUUUCCUGCGGAGGCCGCAGAGGGUUAUAGCGGUGAGAGCGAUCCGGUGGCACCGCACGGUAUCGUGGACGGCCGCCACACUUCUCGCGGGUGAUCCCCCGUGGGAACAUCGGGCGGAAGUGCUCGCGGAAGUGCACCGGUACCGUAUAACCAUGCGAAGCAAAGGGGAAAGCCCUGAUGCUGAAGAAACAAGGCGGAUCAGGGCAGCGGACCGCGUCGCGUUGUUCCGAAGAUGGGCGGAGGACUUGGAGUCCCCAAUCACUGGCUCAGUGACCGUGGAGGCCAUCCGCCCCUACUUAGUCCGCUGGGUUAACCGGCGACACGGGACACUGUCGUUUAGAUUGGUGCAGGUGCUCACCGGACAUGGAUGCUUUGGUGAGUACCUGCAUCGCGUGGCGGGUCGGGAAGCGACUCCAGUCUGCGACGAAUGCGGCGCACCCGUCGAUACGGCGUGA